AUGCCAUCGCUCCACAAGCAGUGGUCGGCAGACGACGUGCUGUCUGGCAGUUCAGCAAUAAACAAACCUGAGCGAAGGGCAAGAUCGGCUUCUCCCACGAAGCAAAGGCCACUUUCACAUAACUUUGAUUUCCAGAGCCUUCUUCCGUCGAUAGGUCUGCCCAAUAUUCAUGACGAGAUUGCUUCUAAGGUGUCUAACGGCUCGUUAUCACCCGAGCAAAUCAGACGCUUAUCGAGGUCACCCAUAGCAAAGAAGCUUCACAUUUCCAGUUCCCAGUACGCUCUUCCCAUUCCAUUUAAGUUGCAAUUGCCACCUAAGCUUAGCACCAGGUCGGCUCCACCUUCGCCAGAGCCUUCCAGAGGCAGAACGGCUCACAACAUGAACCCUUCCGAGAAAGAGCUUCCUGCUUCGCCUUCGAGGUUUAGCCCCAAGAAGCUCGUGUUUAACGGAGCAGCAUACGAAGCAGCCGAUUCUUCCGAGUCUGAACUGGAAUUGUCUUUCUUGAAGCCUUCUUUGCCCCAGAAACCACCUGCUACCAUGUCUAACAGACGGAAGGUUGCUCGGUUCGCCCAGAAACACCAGUCAAUGCCUCUGGACCAGUUAAGUAUGAUCGAGGAAGCUUCGAAUGCUGGCAGUGCCAACUCUCGUGCCUCGAGUUUACGCCAGAAAGAGUUGCCUACCCUCCCCAAGACAAACCUGGCGAUGUCUUUGCAAACUCAGGACCUUCCACCAUCACCUACUUCACAACGGACCAGAAAUGUUCUGCGGAAACCUCCUCCCGAGUUACGGCUGCCAAUGCCUGUCUCGCUUUCCAAACCAGAGUUGGACUUGGUUCCUCCGCCUCCACCUCCAAUCCAGCUUCCUACAUCUGCUCUGGCUCCUGUACUCUCUGAAAAAGCAUUUGAAUCUUCAGCCGACUCGAGCUUUAAUGUACCAAAGAAGCUUGAAACUCGUGUUGUUACUGAAGCUCCUCGCAGACGUCCCGACGCUCGUCUUUCUCAGGGUGAGAUCAAUGUAUUCCCUACCACACCAGAACCCACUCUCGAGAAGACCACGCCGCCACAACCUAAGGUCACUGAGGAGCCUUUGGAGAUGUUUCCUCGUACUCCUGUCGAGUCCGAGGAAUCCGAGGAUGCUGCUACCCCUAGGUCGACCCUUCCUCACAGCCAUGCAUGCCACCAUAACCUCAACCUUGGUGAAGAGUCAUAUUUGAAGAUCUACAAGAGAAGCUUUUCAGACGAAUCUAAAGUAUCUUCUGUCAGCUCGUUUAGCUCAGUUGGAGACGCACUCAAUCUUAAUCAUGACCCAGCUAUGAGGUCUUUCAACCGUGACCAAACUGCCCUUUCCGUGAAUGUCGCCAAAUACCUUAGGGACAAUCCUACGAGAGGAGCCUCCAUUGCAUCUUCUAGGUCAGACGCAAGUACGUCGUCCUGGGACUCUAUUCAAAAAAGCGUUGACUUCAGCAUCCGUGAUUCCGCUUCAGCAUCUGAAAGAUCGUCAUUAUCAACUAGGUCUACCUCGAGCAAAGGAAAGAGAGACUUUAGCAAAGAACUUCCUCCACCUCCCGAAGAACUUGAAUACGAAGAUGACAGUCUUAAUGACCAGUUUGAGGUCCCUCGGGAACUCAACAUCUCCAAGAAGAGCAGUGCUGCAUCCCUGGUACCCGUUCCAGUGUCGAAGAAUGUUGAAGGGCCAAUUGAACAAGAGCUUGAUUUGGAAGAGUCGGCUACUGAAGACAAUGACAAAUCAUCAAACUCUCUCGAUGAUGGUAACAGUGGCGUUGGAAGAGGUUUCAGCUUCCCUAAUGACAUGUCUAAUAUCACGAAUAGCGAGGAAGCCAGAAAGCGUUUAGAGCAACAGAGAUUGCAGAAUACCAGGGUGUCAAGGAAGAGCUCUAGAAGGUCAUCUCGCCAGAUAGAGAUACCCAACCUUGACGACCUCGACAGUCUUCUGAGUUACAAGAUUCUGGAAACAAGGCACAACGGAGUGAGCUUUAAUGACCUACAAAAUGUCAAGCUUCAUGGGGUCGAGAAAGACAAAGACAAUGCAUCAGAUAUCGAGCCAAUUGGGGUACCAAGUCAGGCUGCCAAGAAGCACUUCAGUUCAAUGUAUGGUUCCAAGGACUCGUCGGGCUCCGAAUCAGAUUCUUCGUUUGAAUCGAAUGCUAAGUCAGAACCAAGAAAGCCACUCAGCUCACCUGCCAAGCAGAUGCCAUCAAGCUUCUCUCUCGGGGCCAUCGCCAGCAGGAAGUCUCCAAUCCGUCAUGCUCGUCACCGCCUGAUGUAUAACUUCGAUUUUGCUGAACUCUAUCAAGAGCCUUCACCUCAAAGCAGCAUUAACAGCGGCCAACAGGCACGCAAGCACAAGAUGUCCAAGUCUGUCUCGGUACCUCUGGAGGUAUCGAAAGAGGCUGCAUCAGAAGCAUCUCUGCAUGAUAGAGAACUCACCAAGUCCACACCGCCUGUGGAAAAGACACAGCCAAUUGAAGAGGUAGACCAGUCGCUUAACAUUGUUGUUGCGGAACCACCCAAAAAGGUCCAAUACGCUGUUGAUUUCAAGGAUGCGUCCUCACCAAAGAAACCUGAAUCAGCUCCAUUCGGCAAUAACUUCGAUUCCGAUUAUUAUCACCAGAGCAUGAAGAGAGGCCAAUCGAGACGCAGUACCCGUCCUCCAAGUGUGCAAUCUCAGCAAAUGAGUGGCAGCUCUCAAUCCCGGUUCUCAGACUCUUUGGUUACCGCUCGUGAGACGAUAUCCACAGCUCCGUCUGAUACAGAUAGCAUCACCAUCGAUUUGACAAAGGAGGACUAUAAUGUUUGCAUGAUAAAGAGAAACGACUCGACUUUAUCCUAUCGCUCUAUUAUCGAGAAGCGGAACGGUAAGCCAGUCGAGGUUGUUUUGGUUGAAGAGGACGAGGAGCACCUCCCCGUGCCUAAACCAGCUCGUGAGGAUAGGGAUGACUUGCUGAGUAUCUAUUCCAGAUACAUGAAUGACUGGGAUAAGAUGAAGAUACCUGCCCGCAAAAACUCACUGAAACUGUCAACUUCAGAGGCAAGUAGUAUGAGCGGAAGUUGGGCGAACUCGGAAACAGGCUUUCAGGUAAAGACCAAAGGUUCCCACAGCCCAAUCAAGCCUCAAACGCAUAUGAGGAAGGCUACCAUGCCAAAUCUCGAAUCAUUCACCAAGACAGACACUCCUAAGUCGCCUUCAAAGAGAAUACAGCUGACACCAAAACUUGGUUACCACAAUUUGCCCAACUCGGAUGGAAGUUAUAAUAGAGGGAACAGUAUCAACUAUUUUGAUUACAAUGGUACUGAGAAAUACGACUUUGAGUCAUUCAUGAAGCAAAGGCUAUGA